AGAGCCAUAGUAGAUGUCUGGCACAUAGUAGAUGCUCAGUAAAUCUAUUCAAUGGUGGAUAACAGAAUGGACCUCAAGUAAAACUGCAACCUUGGAGAGAGGGAGGAUAAAGACUUUAAAGAGCUGGGCGAGGCUAUGAGUUCCACAAAGGCAGUGUUCACUGGCAACUCCCAAGCACUGGGCCUUCUUGACCCAUAGAUGAGUAAAUAUUCCAUGAACAAAUAAAAUGGAUGGCUGAUUCUGACCCUGGAGAAAGAAACUAUGACAACAUGCUGAAAAUGCUGUCAGACCUGAAUAAAGACUUGGAAAAGCUACUGGAAGAGAUGGAGAAAAUCUCAGUGCAAGCCACAUGGAUGGCCUACGACAUGGUGGUGAUGCGCACCAACCCCUCGCUGGCAGAGUCCAUGCGCCGUCUGGAGGAUGCCUUCCUCAACUGCAAGGAGGAGAUGGAGAAGAACUGGCAAGAGCUGCUCAAUGAGGCCAAGCAUAAACAGUAGGCCCCCUGUCCACCCACGGCCACCAUGCUGCCAUCUGCCAAUGUGGAGAAGCCCCUAAGGCACGGAGCCUUCUCUGCUGGCAGAGUAACAGCGACCAAAAUG